AUGGCAGACUCCGAGCUGUCCCCCAAGUUCGCGCCCUUCAUCGGCAUGGGCGGCAUCGCGGCAGCCAUGAUCUUCGGCUGCGCAGGAGCAGCAUACGGCACCGCCAAGUCCGGCAUAGGCAUUGCCGGCGUGGGAACGUUCAGGCCAGAUUUGAUCAUGAAGUGCCUCAUCCCCGUCGUCAUGUCCGGUAUCAUCGCGGUCUACUCCCUUGUUAUAUCUGUCCUGAUCGCGCAGGACCUCGAUCCCAAAUCCAGUUACAGCCUGUUCAGCGGUUUCAUGCACCUCGCCUGCGGUAUCUCCGUCGGCAUGACAGGUCUCGCGGCUGGGUAUUGCAUUGGUGUCGUGGGUGACAAGGGCGUGCGGGCCUACAUGUAUCAGAGCCGCAUCUUUGUGGGCAUGGUCCUUAUCCUCAUUUUUGGCGAAGUCCUGGGUCUUUACGGGCUUAUCGUGGCGCUGAUCCUCAACACGAAGAGCAAGGGCUGAUUGUCCACAACCAUUAUGACUGCGCGACUAUGAGCCAGAGAAAGAGCGGAGCGGCAAGCAGACAGGCAAGCAUGUGGGCAGGGGAGGGAACGAUGUGGCUGUAAGAAUAUCAUUACCAGAGGAGUUGCCAAGCCACGGGCAAGGGAUACAGCAUUGCAUGUUUUGGCGUUUAUGGGGGGAGGAUCUCUUCCGAUGUAGACCUGAAUUAUAUGAGAAUGGAGCUGACGUCGUUCAGAUCGAUCUUCCUCUGCCCAACAAACAAAGCAGUGCAGCAGACGACAAAAUGACUCUUUCGGAUCGCUGCAUCCACGUUGAGUGGGAGGGUCGUCCUACUGAACGUCUUGACGCCCAUGUCCUGAACCAAUUAUGAGGGGCUCCUCACUUCAAGUACCUGGAUAGUCAACUAAGAAUAGACUCUGCUUGUUUUGUUG